UAUCCGUCUGCAUAAUCGGAGUUGCCGUGACUAUUUCGACUUCUUCGCCUCAUAAUCAUUCGCCUUUUGUUUUUGGUUCUUGGAUUUCUUUGAGAAUGAAGGACCACAUGGGAAACUCACUCCAUCUCAAGUCUUUGAACCACAUCUCACUUUUGUGUAGAUCAGUUGUGGAAUCCAUUGAUUUCUACCAGGAUGUUCUUGGUUUUGUGCCAAUAAGGAGGCCGGGAUCUUUCAACUUUGAUGGGGCAUGGCUAUUUGGUUUUGGAAUUGGAAUUCAUUUAUUGCAAUCAGAAAACCCAGAAAAGAUGCCGAAGAAAAGUGAAAUUAAUCCCAAGGACAAUCAUAUCUCGUUUCAGUGUGAGAGCAUGGGAGCAGUGGAGAAGAAGCUGAAAGAACUGAGAAUUCAGCAUGUGCGAGCAUUAGUAGAGGAAGGUGGGAUUCAGGUUGAACAGUUGUUCUUUCAUGAUCCUGAUGGAUUCAUGAUUGAGAUUUGCAACUGUGAUAAUCUCCCAGUGAUCCCUCUGGCGGGCGAAGUCGCACGAUCAUGCUCUUGCUUGAACCUUCAAACGAUGCAGCAGGAGAGGCCAAUGCUGCAGCAGGAGAGAGCAAUUUAGGUGGUCGAUAAAAUUCUAUGAAUCUUGUUGGUGUAUGAAGCCAGUGGUCCAGCAGGGGAGAACACAACUUGGUUGGUGCAAUAUGGUCAAUAGAAUUAUAUGCAGCUUCUGGGUCUCUGGCCUCUGUUAAGUGCAUUUUUUAUAUUCCUUUUCGUUGGUUGGUUCUUGUACUGUUAAUAAAAACAAAGCAAAUGAGAUCCUAUGUGGAGAUGAUCAUCUUGUUUCAUUCUAUUUAAUUAUUUGAUGAGAAGGAAUCUAUUGAAAGUUUUCUA